AUGAAAUGGGGUUUUCAGCAUCAUUUUUCUUGUCUCUGUUUUCAGAUCACAGAACUGUGUGGUGCAAAGCGUGUUGGUUAUUUUGGUCCAACACAGUUUUAUGUUGCCCUGAAAUUAAUUGCGGCAGCACAGUCUGGCCUCCCGGUGCGGAUUGAGAGUAUUAAAUGUGAAUUGCCUCUGCCUCGCUUUAUGAUGUCAAAGAACGAUGGGGAAGUGCGAUUUGGGAACCUGGCUGAGCUGCAUGGAACCAAGGCUCAGAUUCCAUAUUUAACCACAGAAAAAAAUUCCUUCAAAAGAACGGACGAUGGGGAUAAACAGCAGGAAACACAGUCUCCCACAGUGUCACCCCUCGCCUCCCCUCCUUCUUCCCCGCCUCAUUACCAGAGGGUGCCCUUGAGCCAUGGCUACAGCAAGCUGCGGAGCAGCACAGAAGAGAUGCAUCCAGCUCCUUACGAAGCCAGACAGCCCCUUGUCCAGCCUGAAGGAACCUCGUCAGGGGGCCCUGGAGCCAAGCCCCCUCGUCUUCAGGCUUCUCUUAUCCGGUCCUUUUCAGUGGAGAGAGAACCGCAAGAUAGCAACAGUAGUUACCCAGACGAACCCUGGAGGAUAACAGAGGAACAGCGAGAGUAUUAUGUCAAUCAGUUCCGGUCCCUGCAGCCAGACCCAAGUUCCUUCAUUUCGGGUUCUGUGGCUAAGAACUUCUUCACUAAAUCAAAGCUUUCCAUUCCAGAACUCUCCUAUAUAUGGGAACUUAGUGAUGCUGACUGCGACGGGGCCCUGACCCUGCCCGAGUUCUGUGCUGCGUUUCAUCUCAUUGUGGCCCGGAAGAACGGCUACCCGCUACCCGAGGGCCUGCCGCCAACUCUGCAGCCAGAGUACCUGCAAGCAGCUUUUCCUAAGUCCAAGUGGGAGUGUGCAUUAUUUGAUUCUUAUCCUGAGUCAAUGCCAGCAAACCAACAACCCCGGGACUUGCAUUGGAGUGAGAAGACAUCUGUUAAAGACAUGGCAGACUUCCCUGUCCCUACCCAAGAUGUGACUCUCGAUGACAAACAAGCUUCGAAAAAUACUACAGAUGAACCCUCACCAAAGGAUAUGUUGGAGGAUCCAGCAACGCCUAAGGAUUCCAACAGUCUGAAAGCAAGACCAAGAUCCAGAUCUUACUCUAGCACCUCCAUAGAAGAGGCCAUGAAAAGGGGUGAGGACCCUCCUACGCCACCACCACGGCCACAGAAAACCCAUUCCAGAGCCUCCUCCUUGGAUCUGAAUAAAGUCUUCCAGCCCAGUGCGCCAGCUGCCAAGUCAGGAUCGUUGCCCCAGCCACCUGCGCUCCCUCCGAGACCUUGUCCGUCACAGGUUUCCGAGCACAGUGUAAACAGUGAGCCCAGCACUCAGCCCAAGCCUCCAGCUCAACCCUAUGGGGAUUUCCGACUGCAGGAGCAGUCUGAACAAACGUCCGAGGCCGAGGUGCACCCACAGUCGAGCAGAGGCCCUUCCCAGGCUGCAGAAAGUAGUCCAGCCAAGAAGGACAUACCAUAUUCCCAGCCCCCAUCAAAGCCUAUCCGUAGGAAAUUCAGACCUGAAAAUCAAGCUCCAGAAAAUCAGGAGCUUCCUCCCACUGUAGGUGGACCAGCUUCUGCUGCAACCAUGAAACCCCAUCCAACAGUCCAAAAACAGUCUUCCAAACAGAAGAAGGCUAUUCAGACUGCAAUCCGCAAAAAUAAAGAGGCAAAUGCCGUGCUGGCCAGGUUGAACAGUGAACUCCAGCAGCAACUCAAGGAGGUUCAUCAAGAACGGAUUGCAUUGGAAAACCAACUGGAACAACUUCGUCCGGUCACCGUGUUGUGACUGACCUCCCAAGGUUCAAGCGACCUUUCCUGCCAAGAUCUUCCCUUCGAAUGUUUGAGGCCAACUCCUUGUCAUAAAUGUCAGUGUCCAAAGCUGUGAGCACUGGAUUAGAAUCCGUAUCACCUUUUCUCGUGCACUUCAUCUGUACAUUUUACUGUGGUGGAAAAAAUUGAUUGUCACACUUGAAAUUGUAAUUAUCAGUAGAAUUUAUCUCCCAUUCUUAAGUACUCCCUCAAGGUGUUAGAUGCUGCUCCUUACCAAAAAUCAAUCUUCUAGCAAAUAAAAAAUAACUUAGAGCAUUAUUUAUUUAAAGAAUUAUGAUUUGUACAAAAUCUUAUAGCCUAGUACCUUCAGGAUGCUUGUUUUAUUUUUGUAUGUAUAUCGUAUACAGUAGGUUGGUUUCCUGAAUAAUUGGGAUUCCAACUGGAUAGUCUUUGGCAUGAUGGUAAUGAAAACAAACACAAAAAAUAAAACACAAGCAUCAGAUUUAGACUGGCGCUGUGCCCUCCACCACUAUAUGCCAAAAAUUGCUUCUCUAGUGCCAUUUUGAUAUAAUAUCUACCUAUAAAUAAUACAUGACUAUUAUUUUAUAUUGAAUAUCAAAGACUCAUUGGAUCUUUACACCUCUGUAAAGCAGAGGUUUUGGCAAUGAUUCGUUUAACUUGGCCAAGCUAGGCUGUUGACCCAGAUAACUCAGUCCUCUCAUGUAAAUUUUUGGGCAAGAGCAAUCUGCUUUAACUGCCUCGCCCUAUCAAAUUAAAUAAAUAGUUGCCAGAUCUCGACUUUCAUCCUGUAUAAGGACAGCAUAUCUGUAUAUGCAUGAGUUUGGAAACUACCCAUCAAAUAUGAAAGGUUGAUGAGACUGUUUGGAUUGAUAAACAUUUGUUGUUUGGACUGAGGUGUCCAAACAGGGGAAGAAGGGGAAAUGGUUGUCACUAACAAUCCAACAACCUCUGGUAGUUACUUUCAUCUUUGUUAUUUUAACCUGGAUUGUGAAUAUAUUGGGUAUGCAGAAAUAAUGAAAGAAAGCCAGUCCUCACACUGGGUAUUUGACUGUUUUGUUCUCUGUGAAGUAUACCCUUGGGAAGUGAUUGGGUUAGAGCCAAUUCAGAGGAAUCCAUGUAACUCCAGUGUAGGUGAUGUAAAACAGUAAGCUCAUAUUGGAGAACCCAGUACCCAAGUUGAAAGUAGGAGUUAACUGACCCUCCCAAGGAUCAGGGCCUACCAGUCUGAACAUCACUUAGACUAAUGCAGGAAAUGCUGUCUCUGGUACAUUGUGCUAAGUUGCCUGUUCUUAGGCUAGGGAGAUACGGUAUGCCUAGGGUCUUUUUUGAAGUAGUUUUGGAUAAGUUCACAAUAUGUGGGAUUAUAAGUCUUCAAUUUCAGUAGAGCUGAAAGCUUUUAGAAAAAGCAGGCAUUUAUUUAAUGCUUGCAUAUUCCAUUGGCAAGCUUUAUUAAUAGUUUAAUGGCAGAAGAGAAGGGUGCAAACAGACAGUGACGUUUUUCCAAAGGGAAAAAACAGAUUGUUGAUUCUAUUCUGUGCAUACUUAAGGAUUUGGAACUGAUUUGAUUCUGAAAAUCACAAAACCUGAUCUGUUUCUCUUUUUUCUUCCCCUUUAGCUGCCCCUUUUGUCUCCGUGGAAAGGGUUGGGAGUGAGUUUAAACCCUUCCUCAGAUUAUGAGUAGGUCAGUGCCGAGUUUUUAGGUGACCUUUUUUCCCGUGUUCUGAGAUCUGGGGGCUGUAACACAUUUUCUAAACAGUGUUCUUGUGGCAGACAUUUUACAGCUUGUUUGGAAAGACUAGCAUAUGCACUUUAUCUCAUCAUCUCCCAAUACAUACGUAUGCACUUGGGAUAGCACUUCAUAGCCAUUAACCAGACAUAUAAACUAAGGAAUGUUAGUCUAUAGUCUGCAUUUAUAAAUAUUGACAUGCUUUUUCCUCCCUCAAGCCAGUGAGCCAAAUUAGAAGGUUUUGUUUAGUUGGCUUGGUUCUCAUUCAAGAAAAACAAACAAAAAGCUUGUAUUAGACAAUCAAAGCCCCCUGAGUUUCAUGGUCUCACCAAUAUUUUUAAGGUAGACAUUGCAUUAAAGCACACACCAGUAAUACCUACACCCAGCCUUCUUGGCUGGACUUAAUCGUGACCACAGUUUGUUAGUUGCUUAGAAGUAGAUUUUUAAAAAGCAGUUAAUUAAUGUAUAUAUACACAUAUGUUACUAUUAUUACCUAACUAGUGCUCUUCCUCUAUUUCUCUGUUUUCUUAGUAUAUACUUGGUAAUUUAGGAUUAUAACUCAGUGAUAAUGUUUCUGUGAGCCUUUAAUUUGAUUUUUAGGAAGGCUGGUUAUUAAAAUCACCAUUAUACCUCUUUUAUAAAAUGACACCAAAAUUAGACUUAUCUGCUGGGCAGAAUUCUGUAGACAGAAGGUCAAUGUUUUCCGCAUCCUUGAGGGUUUAAUUACCUUGUCAUUAAGUGGUCUUUCCCAUAGGGAGGUCCUACAGCCUCAUGGAUGGAAGCACAGUAGGAGUUAUAGUGGGUUUAUUGGCUUUCUCGGUGUCUCUUGUAUGUGGCAUAUUGCCUUUGCCACUUCCCUCUCCAGCAGGCAUGAAGUAAAACCACAAGGUAAAUAUCUGGAAUGGAUGUGUGUGUUGUAAUCAAGGCAGACAUUUGCCUUAGUUGGAAGGAUCUUAGCUGCUUUGUAGGUACCUUAGAGAAGUGCUUUGGGCCUGUUUGGGAGAUGAGGCAGCUUAGCUCAAAGCUGUGUCCAUCUUACUGUCACUGGAGAAUAGGAUGUUAGAGCUGAGAGGGACCUGUACCCAUCUCCUGUGGUUUGCAUGUGGGGAAACCAAGGCCCUAAAAAACCACCUGGCCUGAGAAUCCAUAGAAAGAAGUAGCUAGUGGCGGAGUUGCAAUACCAGCCUGAUGUUAUGGAUUCUGAGUUCCGUCCUUUAGCCUCUAGCAAUACUGAAAAUAGAAGGGUUCCUUCUAUUUACCAUGUUGAAUUUUAUUGACUUAAUGAAUCAGUCUUAAAAUGUGAAAACAUGUUUUAAUGAGUUUUAGGUCUAGAAAUAUCUCUCGGAUUGAAACAAAAAAUAAAAUCUCAAGAGAAAGAGUAUGAUUGAACUAUUUGUUCUUCGGAACACCUCACCUUUCAUGAUGCAAUAAGUUACUCUGAGUUUCUUGGCAGAACUUUUGACAGCUGUUGCUUUGAAUGGAUUCCAUUCCUGUAUUCCUUAUGGGAGUUUGUUUUUAAAAUAGACUACUGUGAUUGAAAUGAACUCAAUAUGGUAGGUAGUAAGUUAUAGUGUUCCUCAAUAUAUCUUUGGUUAUUUGGGUCACAAAUGUUCAAUUUCAGUUCUUUUUUUUAGGGUCAGUAAUCAAAAACAUGUAUUUUCCUUUGAUUUCCUACCAGUGUCUUAACUAUCAUAAAGCAUUCUUCUCUUCAGAUGUGAUUUGAUUCUGUAGUCUAUUUCUAAAUGAUGUUUGUCUAUUUCAUAAAUGAUCUCCCAGCCAUGGUAAUAAUAGAAGAUCAAUACAUUAAAAUCUGGAACGGAGGUGUCUCGCAAUUAAGACAGCGUUUGCAAAUGUCUUCUUCUAAGCAGUAGUUGGAAGGAUCUCAAGUGCAGUAUGACACCUUAGAGCUAAAAACAUUUUGUUCAACACAAACUAGAAUCACACCUCCCAACUAAAUAUCGCCAAGGGAAUGUGAUUUAAACAAUGGAAAAAAAAGAAUAUAUUAGCAGUCAGAUCCUCCUAUAUUAUUGACAAGUAGGCCUCAGUUGGUGCUGGUUUGAACAUUCAUGAAUGUGAAACUGAAAUAGCAGUCGGAAGGUCUUUUUUCUCUGGUUAAGUAGAAUGCUAGUAACUCUGGUUUCUCUUUCCAGCUGGUUUACUACGUUUCAAGUGUGCUCUUUUAAAGCUGAUUUCAGAGGCUCAGAUGACUUUACCAUUUAGUUUUGAGUAUUUUGUUAGGGAGUUUGCAGCAUGACUCAGUGUAGUUCGAGUUCCUAGGAAGAAGUGGGGCUUGGGGAUUUUGGAGUCCUGGGCUGGCGUAUCUAACGGCUCCUUCGGCACAGACUGAGGGAUACUGCCCCCCCAACACCGCCAGAUCAGUAAGUAAUGGCAACGGAGGGUAUCACUCUGGGAGCCACCCUGUUUUGCCUGUAUAUAGUAAGAAGUGCAUCUAGUUCCAUGAACUGCCCAAGAACAACUCCAAGGGCAGCUGACAUGGCGGGCCAGGCUUUAAAAGCAAUGUAAGCAGACUCUAGAGCUGCCUGGCUCCCCAAAGAUACAGGCUCUCAGUGGCUGCCUUACCAGCAAAUCCUAAGCUUGCCCUGAAGCAGCCAGUUUGUUUGUAUGCGUAAAACAUCCCAGGUAUCCAGUUGCUUUUAGGCCUUGACUAACACACCUGAUGCUAAAGAUACCUUUGCUAAAGAGCAGUGCAAGGUUGCCAUUGUUCUAGUUACGAAAGCCUUGCUCUGCUCUCAACAAUUGGGGCAUGUUUAUGUUUCAUGCUUUGUGAAUUCUCCUGCCUUGCUGUAAGCUAAUCUCAAGACUCUGGGAGACUGGGGAAAGCAUGUUUAUGACACUGAAGACCGUCAGACUUUAAGGAGACUUGAACUGAACUGGAAUUUGGGGACUACAAUAAGGAAACCUUCAGGUACCGGUUAUGUCCUAAAGCGCGCUGUUGGACAACAGGACUAGACCAUAGAGCUUUUUCAAGGAACUCUGCCCUGGGAAUGGAACAGUUGAUGCAAUAACCCCCAUUGUAUGGAGAGUAUCAGCUGAGUUGUGUUGUUUUUGUUUUGUUUUAAGGCAACUUGUGUGAGAGCUUCAGCUGCACCUAUCUUGGGGACCAGGUAUCCCCUUUUCUUUAACACUGCCGUUCUUUUUGUCUUCAGCACAAAUACUACAUUUAAAUGAGCCAGAGGCAAGAAGAGCCAUUUUAGUCUUUGUAGCUAUUGGGAAAGAGAGAGGCUGAGCUGACGGUCUAUUUUCAUCUUGAGAGUAAAAAUGUAUAUUUUUUCACUACAGGUACAUUGAACAGUAAAUUGUGUAACAGCAAAGUAUAUAUUUGAUGCCUUCUGUCUUUUCAUGAUAUUGUGCUAACAAAUUGUGUUAAUAUUUUACUCAGCCAGAGUGUCAUUCAUUUGCUAUGCAUUGGGGACAUUAUGUACAUUGAUCUUCCACAUAAAUAAAUCCCUGGGGGUAUCCUAUAUUUGGAGUUUGACUUGUAGACUCAAGCUAACCUUACUGCCUCUUUUUCACACUCGUCGUGAAGUCUGUGAAGAACAUAGCUGGUUAAGGAUCUUCAGCUUUGGAAAAUGUACAUGAUGUGAAACUGGGGUGCUAUGUUAAAAAUAAAAGUAUGAUAACCAAGUGUGGCUUUUGUGAAGUCUUGGUGUCAAUAUAUUGUGGUUUGCAUUGGGUCUCAUGUGCAUUUAAUGCAGGUGUGGGAAAAGGAGCUGGGGGUCUUUCUAAUCAAAUCAGAGUCUGAGAUUUGGUUAUUUUAACCUUUGGUGAACUGAGCUAGGCCCUUAAAUAUCUGCACACAGCAAACACUCGGCAGUCACAGGUAACGUGGUUAACUCAGUGCAUUUUAAAGAUCCACUGGAUUAAAAACUUGGCUUAAUCCAGGGCCAGGUUUAAUGGCUUCGUGUAGUCAGUGUUCUUUUUGUUCAAAAGUUUUCCCCCCUUGAUGUCCUUAGCCAGAGUGGGAGUAACGGGGAGGGAUCUGGAAGAGUUGGCUUG